AUGAAAAGAGCGGCUGAUGAAAUUGAGAGAAGAGAUGAAUGGUGUACGUUUGGAACGUUUGUAGCAGAUGAUAUCAGAAAACUCAAACCUUUAAAUCAAAUAUUAGCCAAACGUGAGGUAACCAAUAUGCUCUUUGAAUUACAAAUGAAAGAAAUAGAGACGAGUGGAAGACAAAGUUCAUUGCUGCCUGAAUCUCCGGCAACCUCAGUUGACACUUGUGAAAGUGACAGUCACUCUUUUACAUAUGAUGAUUCAACUGGCCUCAUGUUGAACACUGCUAAUCACCCGACCACACAUGAAUUCAAGGAGUAUUUGUCAUUCAGAACACGCAAUAAUGAGUAA